UAUUUCUUUUCUUUUUAUUUUCUAAUUUUUAUUUUAUAAUAAUUUUACAUAUGGUUAAUUAAUUUAAUUUGAUAAAUUUUUUUUUUAAAAAAAUCAGUUUCUCGAAAAAAUUGGUGAUAAUAUCGAAGAGAAUAGUAUCAAAAUGUCCCUCAUUUAUGAAGAAGUUCAAAAUAUAAAAUCAAUGAUAUCAAAGUCUGAAAUUAAUGAGACGAAAAGAAUAGAUAGUAAUAAAUUAACCGAACCAGUAGUAGGAAGACAGAGUGAUACGCGUGGGUUUCGGGGAAGAACAAAAAGAAGAAUGUAUAUGAAUGCUAUUGAAGUAGCUUGUAGAGCUAUUAAUAUUCCUGAAGAAGAUUCUCCUGAUUAUAAAAUUACGCAACGGUUUUUGGCUAUUUGUAUAAAAGCUACUCAAUCACCAAAUAUUAUUCAAUUUUACGGGCUUUCAAUUAUUGAUGGUGCUACAGUUAUGGUUUUAGAAUGGGCCGAGCUUGGAAGUUUAAGGGAACUAUACAAAGAAAACAAAAUUCCUUUAAUUCCUUUGAAACUAAAGUUAUCUUAUGCACUUGAUAUUUGUCGAGGUGUCGCCUAUUUAAACGCAUUAAAUAUUUAUCAUCAUGAUUUGAAAUGCAGUAAUGUAAUGGUAACAGAAAGAAACGUAGCAAAAUUGACAAACUUUUAUUUUUCUCGUGGAAAAGAUCAUACGAGCACAUCAAUGGCUGGUCGAAUUGAAGAUGGUCGUUGGCUUGCUCCUGAAAAAUUAAUAGAUCCUAAAUACCGCUAUGAUCAUAAAUGUGAAAUUUUUAGCUUUGGAAUGCUCUUAUGGGAAUUAACUUUUGAAAGAAAACCCUAUGAAGAUAUGGAACUUGAAGAUAUUUUAGAUCAUGUGAUCAGUGGUGAAAGAGAAAAAAUUCAAUUUGAAAAUAGUCUUGCUUUACCUGAUUCAUCUGAUGCUAAAAUCCAAAAAGGAUUUGAAGAAAUAAUUAAAGAAGCCUGGAAUCAAGAUCCUAAUAUUCGUAUAAGCAUUACGAAGUUAUUGAUUCAAUUAGAUGAUUUAUCUAAGAAGUAUGUUAAACCUGGUUGUUCGCCAGGCCUUGAACCUCAAGAAAUUGCGAAUUUUGAUAUACCUUCCAAUUCACUAAAUGAUAAGGGUGACGAAAUCCCCGAUGAUGUUGAUUUUAGUAAUAUUGAUGUUGAUUUUGAGCCGUUGAUUCCAAUUAGUGAAGGUGUAAAAGCAUAUAAGGAAAAAAAUCAUGAAAAAGCAUGGAAAUGUUUUAAUGAACAAGCAGAAAAUCAAAAUAGUCUUGGAAAAUAUUGGAAGGCUUUCUAUUUAUGGGGGGGUUUAUUCAAUCAAAAAGACAAAUUAGCUGCUUUAGCAUUAUAUAAAGAGGCUGCUGAUGAUGGUAUUACUGAUGCUCAAUAUCGUUAUGCAUUUGCUUUACUUGAUAAAGAUAUAAAAUCAAAAAUUCAAACCAAUUCUAAAGAAGAAUCUGUUAAAUAUUUACGAAUAGCUGCUGAAAAUGGCAGCGGAAGCGCACAAUUUCAAAUAGGAGAAGGAUAUUAUAAUGGAAAUUUAGGUUAUGCUCAAAAUUUAGAAAUGGCAAAACUUUGGUAUAAACGAGCUGCAUUAAAAGAUGAUAAAAAAGCCAAAGAAAGAUUAAAAGCACUAGGAGUAAAUGAUUAAAUUACUUUUUAAUUCAGAAAUCAUCAUAUCACAAUCAAUUAUUAAAUUAUAUUAAUUAUAUUAAUUAUAUUAAAUUUUAUAAACAUCAUUUAUUAGCAUAAUAACUAUUAAUUAAAAAAGCUAGUUUUCCAUGACGUGAUUCUGAUUAAUAAUCAUUAAAGAGCAUUUUAACUCGAUUUAAUAAAUGUGAGGCAAGAAUAGUAUACUUCAGGCAGUAAAAAUAUUAAAAUAUUAUAAAUAUUAUGAA